AUGCCCUGUGUUCAGGCUCAGUAUGGGUCCUCGCCUCAAGGAGCCAGCCCGGCCUCCCAGAGCUACGGUUACCACUCUUCGGGAGAAUACAGCUCCGAUUUCUUAACUCCGGAGUUUGUCAAGUUUAGCAUGGACCUCACCAACACUGAAAUCACUGCCACCACUUCUCUCCCCAGCUUCAGUACCUUUAUGGACAACUACAACACAAGCUACGACGUGAAGCCACCUUGCUUGUACCAAAUGCCCCUCUCCGGACAGCAGUCCUCCAUUAAGGUGGAAGACAUUCAGAUGCACGGCUACCAGCAGCACAGCCACCUCCCCCCCCAGUCCGAGGAGAUGAUGUCCCACUCGGGCUCCGUGUACUACAAGCCCUCGUCGCCCCCGACCCCCUCCACGCCCGGCUUCCAGGUGCAGCACGGCCCCAUGUGGGACGACCCCGGCUCCCUGCACAACUUCCACCCCAACUACGUGGCCACCACGCACAUGAUCGAGCAGCGCAAAACGCCCGUCUCCCGCCUCUCCCUCUUCUCCUUCAAGCAGUCGCCCCCCGGCACCCCCGUCUCCAGCUGCCAGAUGCGCUUCGACGGGCCCCUCCACGUCCCCAUGAACCCCGAGCCGGCCGGGGCGCACCACGCCGUGGACGGGCAGGCUUUCGCCGUCCCCAACCCCAUCCGCAAGCAGCCCUCCAUGGCCUUCCCGGGGCUGCAGCUGGGCCACGCUCCACAGCUGCUGGACAGCCAGGUGCCCUCGCCGCCCUCCCGGGGGUCCCCCUCCAACGAGGGGCUCUGCGCCGUCUGCGGGGACAACGCCGCCUGCCAGCACUACGGCGUCCGCACCUGCGAGGGAUGCAAGGGCUUCUUCAAGUUCCAGGCUAACCCCGACUACCAGCUGAGCGGAGACGACACUCAGCACAUCCAGCAGUUCUAUGAUCUCUUGACCGGCUCCAUGGAGAUCAUCCGGGGGUGGGCGGAAAAAAUUCCCGGCUUCACCGAUCUGCCUAAAACGGACCAGGACCUGCUCUUUGAGUCCGCCUUCCUGGAGCUCUUCGUGCUGCGGCUGGCGUACAGGUCAAACCCCGUGGAGGGCAAGCUUAUCUUCUGCAACGGGGUAGUCCUGCACCGGUUGCAGUGCGUCCGCGGCUUCGGGGAGUGGAUCGAUUCCAUUGUUGAAUUUUCCUCCAACUUGCAAAACAUGAACAUCGAUAUCUCGGCCUUCUCCUGCAUCGCGGCCCUGGCCAUGGUCACAGAGAGGCACGGGCUGAAGGAACCCAAGAGGGUGGAAGAGCUCCAAAACAAGAUUGUAAAUUGUCUCAAAGACCACGUGACUUUUAAUAACGGGGGGCUGAAUCGCCCCAACUAUUUGUCCAAACUCUUGGGGAAGCUCCCCGAACUCCGCACGCUUUGCACGCAGGGGCUGCAGCGCAUUUUCUACCUGAAACUGGAAGAUUUGGUGCCACCGCCAGCAAUAAUCGACAAACUUUUCCUGGACACUUUACCUUUUUAAGACUCUUGCCGUGCACUCGCAGUGAAGCGGAGAGAAGCGUCACCUGUCUGAAGGGGAAUUCGUCUGGGCCCAAAGCAGCGCCUCCGGGCGCCAGCUCCCCGGCCAAACCCGCCUCGCUGACCUCCUGCGGGCAGAACGCCGACAUUUUGGCUCUGGGGCAUCAUGGAUGCACAUCAUGGACUACACAAAUACCAUGGUAUAAACUUUUUCUUAUCAGCUUAUAAAUGAAUUUGUUAUU